AUGAUUGUUUCAAUGUUUGAAAAAACAAAAUUGAUUUCUUCUUUGAAAAUGCCUGUCAGGUUCAGAACUUCUGGUUCCCAUCACUGUUCUUUCUGGUUUUUGUUACUUCUUCAUCUUCCUUUCUUGCAUGCAAUUUCAUUCAAUUACCCUGAUUUUUCAAAUCUUCAAAACCUGACUUUAACCGGCGACGCUUUCCCCCUGGAAGGAGUUCUAUCACUCACCAGAAACAGAGCUGACGCUAACCAAAUUGAUAGUGUUGGCCGAGCUGUGUACUUCCAAGAUCUUCACCUCUGGGAUGGCUCCACAGGCAAAGUUGCAGACUUUGUUACUCAUUUUUCUUUCAACAUAUCGAUGCUUGAACCUCCCAGAUCAGGAGAUGGGAUUGCCUUCUUCCUUGCCCCUAAUGGCUCUCAUGUGCCGGAAAAUGCUUGGGGAGAGUGCCUUGCUCUCAUCAGCAAUUGUUCUUCUCUCAACACCACAGGGAAAUCAAUCGUAGCUGUUGAGUUUGAUACUUAUAAGAACGACUGGGAUCCCAAUGAUAAUCAUGUAGGAAUUAACGUGAACUCCAUCAGGUCUGCAGCCAACAUUACUUGGAGUAGAAGUAUUAAGAAUGGAUCAAAGGCUAAUGCAUGGGUGACUUAUAAUUCACAAACAAGAAACUUGAGCUUGUUCUUGACUUAUGAUGAGAAUCCAGUUUUCAAUGGGAAUGAUUCCAGUCUUUCAUAUGAAAUUGAUCUGUCAAAGGUUUUGCCUGAAUGGGUCACUGUUGGGUUUUCAUCUUCAACUGGUUUUAGCACAGAGAUACAUUACAUUCUUUCAUGGGAGUUCAACUCAACUGAAAUUUCAUCUAAGCCAGACGUUGGAGGCGGAGGUGGCGGAGGAGGAGGAGGAGGAGGUGGGAAAAGCACAGCUAUAAUAGUUGGUGGUGUGAUUGCUGGACUUGUUGCGAUUGGUGGGUUGAUCUCGAUAUUAAUCUUUGCUUGGAGGAGAAACAAGAGGAAGAAAGAAGAAGAUGUUGAAUCAGAUGACUCCAUGGAUCAUGAGUUCGAGCAAGGAACAGGGCCUAAGAGAUUUUCUUAUGAAGAAUUGGUUAAAGCAACAAGUAACUUUGCUGAAGAAGGGAAGCUUGGGCAAGGAGGAUUUGGAGGAGUUUACAAAGGAUGCUUGUCUGAUUUAACUGUGGCAGUGAAAAGGGUUUCAAAAGGAUCCAAACAAGGAAGAAAGGAGUACAUGUCAGAAGUGAAGAUCAUCAGCAAAUUGAGGCACAAAAAUCUCGUACAACUUGUGGGCUGGUGCCAUGAAAAGGGCGAGCUCCUUCUCAUCUAUGAGUUCAUGCCCAAUGGAAGCCUCGAUUCUCAUCUUUUCAAAAGAGAAAAUCAGCUAUCAUGGGCCGUGAGAUAUAAGAUAGCACUUCGUUUAGCCUCAGCUUUGCUUUAUCUCCAUGAAGAAUGGGAACAAUGUGUAGUUCACAGAGACAUUAAAUCAAGCAACGUGAUGUUAGACUCAAAUUUCAACACCAAGCUUGGAGAUUUUGGCCUGGCGAGGCUCAUGGACAAUGAGCUAGGCCUGAAGACUACAGGUUUAGCUGGAACUUUUGGCUACAUGGCGCCUGAAUACAUCAGCACAGGGAAGGCGAGCAAAGGAUCAGAUGUGUUCAGCUUCGGCGUGGUGGCCCUGGAAAUUGCGUGUGGGAGGAGAUCAAUGGAAGCAAGAAAUGAAGAGGCUCAGAUUUCAUUGGUGGGUUGGGCUUGGGAAGCUUAUGGAAAUGGCAGGAUUCUUGAUGUGGGUGAUAGAAGAUUGGGCAUGGAGUUUAACGUAGAAGAGAUGCAAUGCUUGUUAACUGUUGGCCUGCGGUGUGCCCACCCAGAUUUCAAUUUUAGGCCGUCGAUAAGACAAGCUUUACAGGUUCUUAAUUUUGAAGCAGCAUUGCCAAAUCUUCCGGCGAGGAUGCCUGUUCCGACGUAUGAUGUGCCUACCUCGUCAACUGGCUCCACAGAACCCUUACUCUCCGAUUCAUCUCUUCCCGUGGGUCGGUGAACUAGCUCCCUAGUUUCUCAGAUUUAAUUUGUAAAUUUUUAUAUAGCAUUUCAAGAAGAGAAAAUUGCUAUGCAUGAUUAUAUUGUCAAAUUUUGUUCAUUAAUUUAACUUUUUUUGUUAGAGAUGUAAUAUUUUUAAUUUCAAAUUUUGAUUAAUUUCUAUACAUGUUCACAAGAAUCUGAGCAACACUUCUACUGUGAAUAAUGAAAUCUCAUCACUGG